AUGGCUCAGUAUGGCUACUUGUCUACAAGUUUAACGCAGCGAGGUGUCGUUUUUUUAAUUCUGGUUUAUGUGAAUUUGCACGCCCUGAGCGAACAAGACGUUGUGUUCGGCAGAGAGAACUAUGUAGAACAAAAUGUUUCGAUAAAUCUGGAGCACUCUGUUUUCACUGUUAGUGAAAAGUUUCUUUCCGUAGCAAUUGAUGCGAGUAUGAUGAGGAAUCAUUGGCCCCACAUUAAUUUUACUUCUGAGAAAUUUUAUACCCUCGCGAGAGGUCUUUCCCCAGCUUUUCUUCGUGUAGGUGGGACGUCCGCAGAUUUUUUGAUCUAUAAUGAUUCUUCGGGCUAUAAUAAGUUCAAGAAUGUUACAAAUUUUACAAUAACGCACGAGGAUUUGGAUAAGAUUCAUCUGCUGUCUUCUAAGGCGAACUGGAAUGUUAUGUUUGGAUUGAAUGUGCUUCUACGGCAGAAGGAUGGAUCUUGGAAUGCGAGUAACCCCAAACAAAUUAUGCAGUAUGUUGCUGAAAGUGAUUAUCAUUUUGGUUGGGAGCUUGGAAAUGGUAAAUUAAAAAUAGAAAUAAACUGGAUGUGUAAAUGUAGUGGAUAUUAAUUUUAGGGAUGAUUUUACCUUACCCUUGAAAUUGAUAGUACGGUUAACCAGGCAGUAUUACACUCUGAUUUCAGUUUUUUCUUUUGUUUACUUGUAACUAUUUGGCAGUAACUUUGUAGAUCCAGGUUUAGAUACUCUUUCAUGGGUUACUUGAAAUCAUUCUAUCCUUAGCUUUGAAUUCUAUUUACUUUGGACUUUUGGGUAUCAUACUGUAUGGAAAGGAGUUAUAAACAUAAACGAAAAUGACAAUUAAAUCAAGGAUGAAACAGAGAAUACAACACAUGCUGUGGCUCAAUAUUUUACCUGAUUUAAUUACAUUUUCCUUUGUUUAUAAUACAGGGGGCACUGGGGGCUGCUAGAGCACAGGCUUUGUGAUAGUGAGUUUUAAAAUUAAUUUAAUUUAUGUCCAUGGAGUGUAGCAUUUGUCAAGAAAAAAAAAGCAAAAACAAAAACAAAACAAAUAAAAUAUAGUUAAUCAUCAAUUUCUUUAAUCUCAAGCUACGUUGUACAAACAGACAUGACAUUUUUAGGUCCAGAAUGUUGGGAGUGGUUGGAUAGUGUUCGCAUUGGUUUGAAAAAAAUUCACAACUCAUUUUUACGGAGACAAUGUGUUAUGUAUGUGUCUGGCCCCAAAAAUGUUGGAAGAGCUGUGCAAACAAUGUGGUGCCAUGCGUUGGAGAUCAUAGAACUAAAAGAAUGCCUGGAGUAGUUAGCUCAAAAGUUUGACCAGUUUCAAACUUUGUGCAACAACUCCCAACUACACGCAAUGACAUUGCAACGGGGUGCGCAAACAGAUGCGACAUGUAACACUCAACAAAGUUAGGUGUUGUUCAGGGGCACCCAAUGAGAAUAUAGUUCAAAACCACUUAAACAUAGCAUUGUUGAACGUAUUUUGGUAUUUAAAUGGUAGAUAUAGGCAUAUUUUUAUCCCCUAAAAAUUUUUCAUCUGUUCGGAUUUCCUAGCUGAAAGUCUAGUGAUGCGAAAAUUAUAGGGAUCAAAACUUAUCUUUUCGAAAAUUUCAGCCACAAAAAAAGGGUCCUGAAAAUUCUAGGUGAUCUUUUUGGGGUACAAAUCCAUUAAAAAUGGGCAAUUAUACCAUUUUUUAGAUAUUCGAAGAUCCUAGGAGAGGCAGGCAAGCAACCAAGUUUACAACAAAUGUUCCGACAAUUCUAGAUCUCAAAUUGUCUUCCGAACAGAUAUUUUCUGAAAAUUGUUGUUGGGUGCCCCUGGUUGUUGGCCAGCAUUAAUGUUGCAUCUGUUUGCAAAGAGCUUAAAGGGGAUUUAGUCAACGGAGACCAGUAGAUUUUGCGUAUGUCCUAUAGUCCCCUAUUUCCAAAGGGCAGUGAAUGGUUUUCAAAAUGCAUGGUGUAUUUUAGCUGAACUUUAGUAGGUUUAACAAAAUCAGUUAUCAUGGUUUCUCUGCAAAUUAGUCUUUUUCUGCUCACAUACAAUUUAAACCAUUUCAAAAUUUGGCUCUAGGUUUUCAUGAUCAUGUAAAAAAGGUAAGAUUCAGGUUGCAAUAAAUUGCAUAGUUUUCUCUUAGACCUGUCAAAAUUUAUUUCCUUUUUUGUCACUUUAAGAACCUAACCUCUUUGAUGAUUUCAAUAAGUCACUGUCUCCAGAAGAUCUUGCAAGUGACUUCCACACAUUGAGAGAAAUUCUGAAAAGCAGCCCUCAGUUUGGAAAUUGUCUUGUUGGCCCUGACGUUACCCGGAUUCAGAAUUAUUCUAAAAGUGCAAGCUAUCUUGAAAGGUAAUCUUAUGUUAAACCCCCUUCCGUUCAUUGCUUUGUUUCUUUAUAUAGAGCCUGAUCAUUUCAAGACAUAUUUUAACAAGUCUGUAUCUACAGAGGAGCUAGCAGAAGACUUUAAAACCUUAAGGGCAAUUCUUAAAAGCACUCCUCAGUUUGGAAACUUUCUUGUUGGCCCUGAUGUUACGACAGUAGGGAAUCACUCCAGAGCUGCAUUGUUCUUGGAAAGGUGAAGUUCUGAACUGGUUAGAAUUUGGCCAAAUAGCUGGCUCUUACCAGGUGUUAAACACUGUCAGUAUAAAGAAUAACACUGCAGUGACCUUGAGAGGGGGACAGCUUUUAGUCUAAUGGUGCUUAAUUAAGACUAUCCAGCUCAGGGAAGUUGUUGUCAACUUUAAUAACCAUACCCUCCUUUAAAUAAGUGCCCCCCUUUGAAUUAGAGUCCCCCGUGAAUCUAUUAGAACAUAGAAUAGAAGUGUUCAACACAAGAAUUUACUUAGAUAACCAUAGAGGAGACAGACUUUGAGAGUGACCACACCCAGAAAAUUAAUAAUGAAGUAAGGACCCACUUUGAAUUAGUGCCCCUAAGAGGAUACCUUUUUUGACUUGGCAGCUUAAUUUAAACACAGGAGAAAAAACAAGGUACAUUGUUACUAGUAAAAUUGUUGAGGUUUGUUAAUAAAGUCGGAGCUUGAGCAUUGUUGAGAAAGUGUCAGUCAUUCUAUACCCUUUAUCUGAUAUCCUUAUCAUGAUCUCUCUGCUGUUAAUUUUCCCUGUAGUGAAUUACUAGCAGCCUUUUUUAGGAAUUUAGGUGGUGGGGAGUGGCACAAAUAGGAAGCAGAGGAUUCUGUUCUCUUUGCACUGCCCUCACUAUAUGAACAUGAACAAGGAACAGGCUAACAUUAAUCACAAUGAGGUAGUUUAUACAACCUAAAUAAGUGAACUUGUGCAAAUUCUCGACUUUCAUUGGAGAUAAGAAAUUUGAGUAUUUGCCACCAUAUUACUAUUAUCAUUGUUUUGUUGUCCUCUGUUUAAGAUUGCAAUUGCAUUCUCUUUUUUUCCAUUUUUUAGUUUUGUUUCCAAAGCUAAAGAUGUCAUUGAUGCGGUUACUUGGCACCAGUGAGUAAACUUAGAUGUGAAUUAUUGUAACAAAUGAUUGUGUUAUUUCCCCAUUUUGAUUGUUUGUUAUUAUUUUUUAACUUGUUAGGUACUACCUUGAUGGAAGAACUUGUACUAUGAAAGAUUUUUACAAUCCAGAUGUAUUGGAUAAAUUGCUGUAUGAGUUGGAGGAAGCCAAUGACAUCUUGGAUAAACUAGAUCCAGGUACACCCAGGUGGCUGGGGGAGACUAGCAGUGCUUAUGGAGGAGGGGCUCCUGGAUUGUCUGACAGAUAUGGCGCAGGAUUCUUGUAAGUUUACUUUCAACAAUAUUAUUUUUAAUGGAAGUAACAUUUUUUCUUUUUAGCAUCAAAAGUGGCAGGAUGGGGUUGGAAAAUUCCAUUUUUAGAAUCAGGCAAUAUUAGCACAUGCCGUAGGAUAGUAUAUGGCUCUUAAGGUGCUUGUAAGUCUGUAAAUCUGGUGUGGUGAAAGGGUGUCAAUAUUAUUUUUAAUAUAUACCUCACCUAAUUUAUCAGGGUGGCACACCUGUGUUGAGUCCAAGUGGUCAGAGGGGAGACUAGGAGAAUUCCUUCCCCCUGGCCUUCAGCUGCGGUACUUCUCCUUCUUUCUAUAACUACUAAGUGACUAUACAUUCUGCAGCUCUUGUGUGGUCAGUUUCUACUCCAUAACUACAUGUUACUGCAUAGAAUUAGAAUUACAUGCAUUCUCCUGUUCCGUUUAUCAUUUCAAGUGAGUGGAUCUUGAGAAGAAAAAGAAAAUCGAAGUGCCAUCGCUGGAUUGCUUUUACAACUUAGAAACCAGGCACUGGCUUGUAAUAAAAUGCACCCCUCAACAAAAAGUAUUUAAGCCAUACAAUAUUAAAAUCUUGUUAGCCUAUAGAUAGCUCCUCCUUGCUGUAGAAUGAAAUUCUAAAGUCUUCCUUGGCAGUCAUCAGUUUAUUUCAUCACACAAUGUCCUCCCGAUCCCUUCCCGCUGAAGGGGACAACUCCCUUUUGAAAGGAGCAGCGAUGCCCAUCUUCUUGUUAAGGAGAGUAAGUCGCAGAUUUUGGUCUACUGGCACCAGCAUUUUGACCCAUCAGCUAUUGCUAAGAAAAAAAAGUCAAAAGAAGUAGAUGCUUUAAUUAGUGUUUUCAAGGUCUGGACACAAGCGAAAAAUAAAGGAAAAAAACUGCUUCUUGGGGUGAGGUAUUAUUUAUUGUUUUAUAUAAUGGCAAAGAAAAGUUAGAUAAGAAUAAAGCAGUAAAAAGUUGAAAAAAAUGGUAGCGGUACCCAAGAGAGGUACCCCUUGGUCGGUGAAUAUCAUUUUUCAGCGCAUUGUCACCAUGAACAAGGGUUAUAUGCUUCUGUAACCUUUUCCAGGCUCUUAGAUAGUGGGGAAGACGUGAAAGUGAAAGGCGCGCAAAAAAGUAGCCUGUUCCAGGCUCCGAGAUAGUCGGGCCCGGGGAAUUGAGAAAACGCGAACAAAAACAGGAGGAAACUUUUUUUCCCCACCUCGCCCCCAUUUUCGCGCGCCCUUCACUUUCGCGUCUUCCCCACUAUCUGAGAGCCUGGAACAGGCUAGUGAAAAAGGGGCGGGUCGAGAAAAAGGAAAGAGGAAAAAGUUUCCUCUCGUUUAUUUUCUUGUUUGCGCACUCUCAAUUCCGUGGACCCCACUAUCUCGGAGCCUGGAACAGGCUAAUGCUUCUGCAAUGAAGUACUUCUAUUAAUUUUUUAAUGUUUCCAGGUGGCUUGAUAAGCUGGGUCUUGCUGCUCGAAUGCGUCAUGAAGUUGUUAUUCGCCAGACGUUUGCUGGAGGAAAUUAUGCUCUACUAAACAAUGAUUUGGACCCAAAUCCUGUAAGUAUAAUCUGUCAACUAAAGUAACCUGUUCCAGAGCUCUCGGAUGAUAGGGACGUACUAAAGCGAAAAUACGGUCAAACGAAAAUUUGACGCGCCUGAUAAGAGAAAAGGUAACCUGAGAUCAGGGAAAAUUUUAGCAGUUCUCAUAUGUAGUCAAAUCACUCUUAUGCAGUCCGGCUUUCCCGCCGUUAUUUACAAAGAGAAACGAAAAUGGAGCCUGAUCUCAGGUUAGAGAAAAGGAGGCUGUGGUGGGAAAAAGGAAAGAAAUCCUGUAAGCAUAUCUUUCACUACCCUCUUUUACCCUUUUUUUGUCAACUUGGAUAAAUUUAGGCUGUCAAACUGUCAAAAUUUCGAUUUGUUGGAAUCAUUUUCAUAUUUCCCGCGCCAGUGUUUUGCAGGUAUUUCUUGUCUUCCCAGCUCCCGCGCGUUUUCCCCACUUUUAUCAUGAUAAUUGUAUAUAAUAUUUUGGAGCCUGGAACAGGUUAAUGGUAAAGUUAUUAUGCUCAAAGUAGUAAUAAAAAGAAAAUAAUAGAAAAAUGCCUCGUUCCAUAUCGAACGAAAGUGACCAAAGCCGUCGUCAAAGGGUUUAAAUUGUACUUCUCAUCACAUGUAGUUUAUAAGGGCUUAGCAGUGUUGCCACUCCAACUGUUCGACCGGUCACUUCGUUAAUAUUCGACGAGAAUGGCAUGGCCCAACCAUUGGCAACAAGGUCCCACUGUAACUGGAAUAAGCUACUGACUGUAAUCUCCCUCUUGAAACAUAUCUCUAGGGAUCUUAACGCUAACUGCCCAAAUUAUAAACUGUACUUUCAUUCCGUGCAUCCACUGUGAAUUUUUGUCGUACUAAAAAACUCGUUUGUGUUUCUUGCAGGAUUACUGGCUGUCUUUGUUAUACAAGAGGCUUGUGGGGGUAAAAGUCCUAGAGGUGAAUGGCGGAACAGAAGAGAAGCGUACCACCCGUGUAUACGCUCACUGUGCUAGCAGGUAUAAAAUGAGUAGAAAACUCUGUCCAGUCACUUUGAGGCGUGAGCUGAACUGGCUCUUUUUGUUACUACACUCUCGUUGCUUGGAAAGGGGGUCCCCUAACAGCUGAGCGGGGCUUGAAUUUAAUCAUUUAUUGCUUUACGGAAUACAGGAAAUACCCUGUUGGUGCUGUCACCCUCCUUGUUCUGAAUAUUCACAAUCUUGACCCAGCUGGCUUGAAACUUACUGGAAGCCUGCAACAAAAACAAGUGGAAGAGUACCUGUUGACAACAGAAAACAGUGACCUUACGUCGAAGUAAGUACAAUAGUCUGAAUAGUUUUUGAUGAUAAAUGAGGUUACUUCGUACUGAAGGAAGCAACACCCUAGGUAUGGAAAUUCCCACGUUAAUUAAGACAGGUAGGCAGGCAGCCGACAGGCAGACAAUCCAACAGGCAGACGGGGAAACAGACAGGCAGGUAGGAAGGCAGGCAGUUAGGCAGGUAGAUAGGUAGGUAAGCAGGCAGGCAGGUAGGUUGGUAGGCAAAUUAAGCAGGCAGAAAGGUAGGCAGGUAGGAAGGCAUGCAGGCAGGCAGGUUGGCAGUUAGGUAGGAAGGAAAAAAUCAUAUGGAUUUCUACCCUAACACCCUCUUCCGGUAUGAGGACUGUAGGUAGGUGAGUAGUGCAGGCAGGCAGGUAGGUAGACAGGCAGGCAGGCAGGUAGGCAGGUAGGUAGACAGAUAGACUGUUACAAUGUAAUUGGAAGUGACAGGGGUCACUUCUUGCAUUUUUGCCCCGAGCUGAAGUUCGUCAGCUUUUGAAUGUUUUUGCGGUGGUAAAUUGAUUUUUCUGGGUUGUCAAAACCGACCGAUAAGUCGUGGUUGGAAGACCGACAUCUCUGCAACCGUUUAAGUGUUUUGUCGAAAUUGCAAUUAGACGAGGGUUAAUUGAAAUCUUGGGGUGCUCGCCAUUAUGCCAAAUUUCCGGAACUUUCGUUUGAUGGAACGUUUCGCUCCUGGUGGAAAUUUUCCAGAAAAAGUGAUGCACCUCCAGAGGUGUUCCUCCUCUACUAGUCGGUCACUUACCGUUACCUUUCCAAAAAUUCUCGUUUCCAGUCCCACUUCGCUGAGAAGUGGUCAGAAUUUCGGUUUAAACGUACCUCAUUGCAUGAAAUUUUCCCGACACUUAAAUUUCGCGAUUUUGCAAAAUUUUUGUACUUUGGAUCACUUUAAUUUCGCGAUCUUUAGUAAGACGCUAUUUAUUUAACUUAUCCUUGAAGCAAACAGAACAAUGUCAUUUACAAUAACGUCAAAAUUUAUAACGAGAUGCAGCGACGGUUCUAUAUGAGAACAGUAACAAGAAAGUUCUAACAAUUUCCAUAAUUAUGCUUGUUCGUUAUAAUUUUAGUCAAUUGACCAUGAUCUCCAUGUUCGUUUGUGUAAAAUUGGCCUUUCUUCAUUAAUUAUUAGCUAUUAUUGAUAUAUUGUUAUUCACUUAAUUAUCGCAUCAUGUUAUGCUCGCGAUACUUUUUGUUCGCGUCACUUUAACUUUUGCGAUUUUAAAAAGAGUCGCGAUUUUAUUAAAUUGUCGAGAAAAUUUCGUGUAAUAAGGUGAAUGGAAACGUCUAUCCGGUUCGAAAUUUCGUUCCAUUUUCUCUUGGUGAGUUCUACUGAUCUCUGACAGGUCGGUUUGGCAGAGUGGACAGCAUCUCCGGUAAGGGUACACUCCCGUUCUGCUGAGUGCAUUUAAAUUUACCUUGAACCAAUGGUGAAGAAAAGUGGAGUGAUAGAGUUGCUCUUAUCUCUUUUUGUGACAGAACCGUCAGACUAAAUGGAAAACUCCUAAAACUUGUGGAUGACCACACCUUUCCAGAUCUUAUUCCUGCGAUUGUACCGGGAGAUAAACCUCUCAUUCUUCCGCCUCUGACGUUUGGGUUUUACGUCAUCCCAGGAGCUUCUGCUGGUGGGUGCAGAUAGGCCAAAAGCCAUCCGUAGAACAAUUGAGGACGAAAAUCACUGUUCAACGAAGGCUGAAUUCCUAGCACCUUGAUAUACUAUCUAUCAUUCAUUUUUUUAGUAUAAGAAUGUGUCACUGAAUGACGAAAUCAGUUUUUCAAAUUAGCCCCAAUUCUCAACAGAUAAUAUUUUCGUUUUGUAUAACUGCACUUCUUUGCAGCAGCUGUAUUUUUUGUAAUUUUCAGUAUUUUUCUUCAAUAUGAAUUGCAACUGUAAAUUCUCAUAGGUCUCUAUUCAGUUGACCUCAUUUAUAAAUUCAAGCAAUAUCAGUAUCUAUUGAGUGCCUUAGGAGUCAUAUAUUAGUAACAGAUGAAAACAAGUUGCAGUGUGUGAAAAAAGCCGCAAUGAAGUUGAACUUGAAUUCAAUCGAGCGGUAUGGAGGGUGUGAAAGGAAAAUAAAUAAAGAAAACGUAGUGUUUUACUGAUGAAGUGGUGGUUUUUAGUUUGUUCUUCUUCGUGAGAUUAGAAUAAAUUGACCAUGUAAAUAUAUACGAAUCAAGAAAACUAAAUCCGUGGUAAUUUUUUUUUUUUUCCUUAUUAAAGCGGCACUUUACGCAAUAAACUUCCAGGGUACUCUUUGCAAUCGAUGACAAUUUUUUUUGUCAAAUUCGUCGCAAAGCUUCUCAAAGCCUCUAACUACCUUGCUCUUCGUUAAGUAAUAGGUGUCUCCCCUCUCUGAUAGUUUUUUUCUACCGUGUUUAGGCUGUGAUUUUUCGCCAACUGG